CCCCCAUCCAAACACACACAUUCCACGUUCUCUUCUCCAAAAACCACCGUCAACAACCACCAAUCAACCACCCAAUGGGCGCUAACUCAUCACUCCUAUCUCCCGACAGUUCCGACGGCUCAACCCAUCGGUCAAAGCUCACUCUCGGCGAGAUCCCGGAAUCCUGUGUUGCUCUCGUCUUAUCCUACUUAGAUCCACCGGAGAUUUGCAAAUUAGCAAGGCUUAAUCGCGCAUUCAGAGCCGCUUCUUCCGCUGAUUUCAUAUGGGACGAUAAAUUGCCUCUUAAUUACCAACAUCUUGUUGAUGAUUACCUGAUUACGAACCCUAGAAAAUUGGGGAAAUAUGAAAUUUAUUCGCGCUUGACCAGGCCUGUUAGAUUUGACGAUGGAAAUAAGGAAUUUUGGUUGGAUAAAAGGACUGGAGGGGUAUGUUUAUCAAUUUCUUGUAAGGCAUUGAACAUCACUGGGAUUGAUGAUCGGAGAUACUGGAAUUUUAUUCAGACAAAUGAAUCAAGAUUUCAUACAAUUGCAUACCUUCAACAAAUAUGGUGGCUUGAGGUAGAAGGAGACGUCGGCUUUAAAUUUCCGUCCGGGACGUAUUCCGUGUUGUUCAAGCUGCGGCUCGGGAGGUUUACAAAGAGAUCUAACCGUCGGGUGUCUAACUAUGAGGGUGUUCAUGGGUGGGACAUAAAGCCGGUCCAGUUCCAGCUGAGCACGACCGAUGGUCAACAUGCUGUUUCGAAGUGUUACUUGGAGAACAAGGGGGUCUGGGAGUAUCACCAUGUGGGAGAUUUUGUGGUUGAUGAUUCCUUUGUACCGACGAAGAUAAAGUUCUCUUUGACGCAAAUCGAUUGUACGCACACAAAAGGUGGUCUUUCUGUAGACUCGGUCGUUAUAUGCCCUACCAGUUUAGUUAAAGAUUUUAAAGCUUUGUUAUAGCUGUGUAUUGAUGGUAUGUUUUUUGUUACAUUUUUUUGUGGUUUUAGACCUUAGUGAAGACUGUAGUCCCUAGAGCAAGUAUGCCACGAUGGUGUCUGUUUUGUGUUGUAAACGUUGUAAGAUACUCAGUUUUGACUAAAAAACGGUGCUUGUGAACAAAAA